AUGGAGAACAAAGUGUUCAUGUCAUUUACGUUCUACAGCACGAUCUUGAUUUUAAAAAUGUAUGUCGUUGCCAUCAUUACGGGACAAGUGAGGCUCAGAAAGAAGGCGUUUGCAAACCCAGAGGACGCGCUGCGCAACGGGGGGCUGCAGUACUACCGCGAGGACCCUGACGUGGAGCGGUGCCGCAGGGCCCACCGCAAUGACAUGGAGAACAUCUUUCCCUUCCUCUUCCUUGGAGCUGUCUACUCUCUGCUGGAUCCCAGUCCCGCAGUGGCCAGGGUCCACUUCUUCAUCUUCUGUGUGGGACGCAUCAUCCACACCGUCGCCUACCUCCUGCGGCUGAAGGCUCCCACGCGCUCCGUGGCCUACGGUGUGGCACAGCUGCCCUGCUUCUCCAUGGCUCUGCAGAUCCUCCUCGCCACCACUCCGUACUGGUAA